AUGGCCUCCCACAAGGCUGCUGGUCCCUCCCCAGCUCGGGGCAGCCCAACUUCGAGGGAGAUGGAGCCCAAGGACCAGCAGCUCAUGGUAGCACUUCGGAUCCGCCCGCUCAGUGAUGCAGAGCUUGAGGAAGGAGCCACCAUCAUUGCCCACAAAGUGAGGGCUCAGAUGGUGGUGCUCAUGGACCCUGGUGAGGACCCUGAGGACACACUGCGUACCCACAGGUCCCGGGAGCGGGCCUUCAUCUUUGACACUGUUUUCGACCAACAUGCAUCUCAGGAAGACGUGUAUUGUGCCACCAUCCAGCAUUUAGUAGAAGGCAUCAUUUCUGGAUACAAUGCAACGGUGUUUGCCUAUGGCCCCUCAGGUACUGGGAAGACCCACACCAUGCUGGGCAUGGAUGCAGAGCCCGGCAUCUACCUGCAGACCCUUACUGACCUCUUCCAGGCCAUCGAGGAGACCCGCGGCAACACGGACUACAGCGUGUCCAUGUCUUAUCUCGAGAUUUAUAAUGAAGUGAUCCGGGACCUCCUGAACCCAUCGUCAGGGUUCCUGGAACUGAGGGAAGAUUCUCAGGGCAGCAUCCAAAUUGCAGGCAUCACGGAGGUAUCCACCUCAAAUGCGCAGGAGAUCAUGCAGCUCCUCACCAAAGGCAACCGCCAGCGCACACAGGAGCCCACAGCCACCAACAAGACGUCGUCCCGUUCCCACGCUGUGCUACAGGUCACCGUGCACCAGCGGAGCCAUGGCACAGACCUGGUGGAGGAAGUGCACGUCGGGAGGCUCUUCAUGGUGGACCUGGCGGGCUCAGAGCGGGCGUCCCAGACCCAGAACCGAGGCAAAAGAAUGAAGGAGGGUGCACACAUCAACCGCUCCCUGCUGGCCCUUGGCAACUGCAUCACCGCACUCAGCGAGAGGGGCGGCAGCAGGGCACAGUAUGUCAACUUCCGGGACAGCAAGCUCACACGCUUGCUGAAGCAGGACGCCCUGGGAGGGAACAGCCGCACAGUGAUGAUUGCACAUAUCAGCCCAGCCAGCACCUGCUUCGAGGAGUCGCGGACGACCCUGCUCUAUGCCUACAGAGCCAAGAACAUCAAGACUCGGGUCAAGCGCAAUCUGUUGAAUGUCUCCUACCGCAUUGCGCAGUACACGGAUGUCAUCUCCGACCUGCGCAGGGAGAUCAAGCACCUUAAGUCAAAACUUGAGAAGCAAGAGAAGGACAAGAGAAGCAAACCCAGUGUCCGGGAUGCGCAAGAGGAGGACAGCCGCCUGCAGAUGAACAAGAUCCGGGCCCAGCUCAUCGCAGCUUUCAGGGAGCAGAUGGAAAUGCGCCGCAGCCUGGUGGAGCUGGAGAAUACCAACAUAGAGCUGCACGUCGACAUGUCCCGCCAUUUGCUGACCGUUGCAGACUGGGAGAGGGAAAAGACCCACUAUCAUGGCCCCAGGGCUGGCAGAGAGCUGGAGAAGGAUGAGGAGCCGGUGAAUGCUGAUGGGGAUGUGGAUGAAUCCUCGGAGCCACACGAAGUGGCUCUGGCCAGAGAGGAGAUCAACCUGCUAUUAGCUGAGCAGCAGAAAACAGCGGUCCUCAAGGCUGAGCUGGAGCAGCGUCUGGCCAGUGCAAAGCAGAAGGCCUCGCAGAUGGAGAAGCUGCUGCCCGAGCAGGUCACCAGCGAGGCCCAGCGGGAGGUGCUGCAGCUGCUGUGCCGGGCGCAUGAGCUGGAGGUGGAGAACACAGCGCUGCAGGCCCACAGUCUAUGCAGGGAGAGCCUGCUCUGCCAGAAGGACUUCGUGCUCCAGCGCUACCGGCAGCACCAGCGACUCUGUGAGCAGGUCAUAGAGGGGCAGCGGCAGCUGAUACAGGGUGACGGCAUCCCAGUGCCAGAGGCCCUAGCCCAGCGGUACCACCUGUACUCCCGGGAGCUGAACCGCCUGCUGCUGCUGCACUCGCUGAUGCCCAGCUCCCUGUGGGACGGCUCUAUUCUGAACAUAUCUCCUGCACCGGAAGAGUCCAGCCAGGACCAGCCAGAUGACAGGAAGGACCUACCAUGGGGUGGCCAGUGUGAGCUGCCCCCAAUACUCCUGGAGAGAGACAGUGACUGGCACAAGUCAUCAAAGAAGCUGGGAAAACAAGAAUCUCUUCUUCCUCCUCCAUUUGUCCGCAUCCUGCUGACUCCACCAAUUCUUGAGAAGCCACACUCAUUGAACUUGAAGAGCCUGGUUUCCAAGCUGUAUUCCACUAGUCCUGAGAUCAGCACCCCAAGGCCAGCAGGAGUGGCCGGCAGUUCAGCCCUGAGUGUUCAGGCCCUCCAGGAGAUGGCUGUGGACACCAAGAGCAUUGCCCUCAUCGCAGCCACCCGGCGGCGUUCCAAGGUGCAGGACUGGGAGGCCAGCAGUGGCUGCUCCUCCCGCCACCCCCUGGAAGAGGCAGCCCUGGACUCCAGAAACCUGAAGCCAAGCACCACCCCAGACCCCAGUCCAGCAGACAGGAGGUGGUCCUAUGCUGGCCUGUGCAGGGACUGCUCCACGGAGAGAAAGCCCAGGGAGGAGCCGUCACCCUCCCUCACCUGGAGUGCACAGCUGGUGAGAGAACAAUUUCCGUCCCCCUCUGUGGAGCAUGUGGCUGCUGGCCAGCUACCCUCAGCACUCCCCCAGCUGUCAAAGACAAUGGGAAAGAGCUUUUUCCCUGCUGUCCCUGUGGCCUCCACGAUAAAACCCAGCCUCAGUUUCCACACAGAUGAAAACACACUCCACAUGCCUGAAGUCAGCUUCACCUUCCCCAGCGCUGUGUGGCAGAGCCGUGCCAGUCCAGGCAGGGCACCCCUCCUGCCCCAGGAUGUCCGAGGGUCCGCUGACAGUGGAGGUCAACGCCACAGUCCACUGCUGCCUGGCCACCCCCGCAAGCACCAGGGCAGCAGCUCCAAGAGGCCCAGAAGACCGAAAUAGGAUGCAGCACAGCGAGCAGCCUGUGGGGAGGCCCGAGCACCUGCUCCUUGGCUUAGGGCCUCUUUGUCCUGAAGCUGAUUCCAGAGGCAGGGCCUUGGUAAGGCCAUUCUGGGCACAGCCUCCUCAACUCAGCUGCCCACAGCCCUCAAAACCAGACUCAGAGGCCACCUGAGCUUCAGACGGGGUCCUUCCCAAGGACCUUUUCUGGGGUCGGUCCCAAGAAAAGGGACAUCUGCCUUCUUCUCUGGGAGAAUGUUCUCUGUGGGGCCAGACAUAGGCCAUCACCCACUGUUUGGGCUUGUGGUGUGCAGAAGCCACAGGGGUCACCCAAGCAGCAGCAGGUUGGAAGGGGCAGAAUUUGUCCCCUAUCCUCACAAGCCUGCAGAAUGACCCUGCCCUCCACCCACGUAUACCCAUGCUCCUGGGUAGUUCAGCAUCAAGGAAAGCCUUUUCCCUUAACAAGUCUGACAUCCGCCCAACAUCCCAGCCACGCAGAGAGGACAGGGUGCUGACUGUUGGAGAUAAGAUAGAAUUGUCAAGGUACAUGAAAACGGUACACAGAAGCGCCAGUAACUGGAACCCCGUAAGUCAGGGUCCUAAGUGUAUUAGGUUUAUACAUGUUUCAGUCAUUUUUUCAAGAUAGAAUAAAACGCAUAGAAAACUCAGGGCGCCACCCUGUGGAAAGUU